AUGGUUUGCCAAGCACAGUGUGCAACCAAAACACUGUGCUCAACUGAGCGAGUUGAGUUAAGAACCGAAGUGGCUGUGUCCUACGGUGACUUGGUAAGCAGUAAUUCGAGCAGUAGAGUUUGUGUAUUUGGAGUGUUGGCUAGUUAGUACAGUGCGACUGGGAGUUGUGUUGCACUCCCUCCCACCUCCACCCCCAAUAUUUGUUCCUGAAUAAUUUCAGAGAAACACCUGGUACGUAAAUGUACAAAUUUAAAACACUGCUUUUAGGUAAUGUACAACGUAAUUUUAAAAAAUCAUGACGACAAAGUUCUCGCUACAUCCCUGAGUGCAUGUGCCUUUCACAUUUGCGAUCGGGAAUCGACUUCUGCGAUUUGCUGUUCUCUGCAUGGGUUCCAGUGGCAAGUAAGACAGGUCUUACAACUUCACUCUCCCAAAACGCCACAGGUUUACCCUGGAUAUACUCCAGUUUCGUCCUGUUGUUAAAACGAACCAAAUUAGGGAUACCUAUAUAGCAGGACUUCUAGAAAGAACAAUUCAGAACUGACAAAGUUAUCUAGUCCAAUUAAAAUUAGUUUAGUUUAACUAAAGAAAAACCCAUUUCUAAGCUGAGUGGCUUGAACACCAACUCGUCUCUUUUCGUUACUCACAUGAACUCUAAAAACAUCAUUUUUAUAGGAAAACGUUGGAAGAAAAGAAAUGCCAAGCUUUUACAGCAAAGGAGUAAAGUGUCGGGUAAGCAACUAAUGCAAACCUUCAAAGAUAAGCCUUGGGUUAUACAGAAGGGGCUUAUCUUCCAGGAAGAUUGUAUACAGGGUGUAUAAACUAAAGAAUAUUAGUGAUAUAUGUCAUUUUGUAACCAUGAUAUAAAUCAUUGAAAGGUUGGGGAGUUUAUACUGUGAAAAAUAACUGACUUAAUGAAAAAUAAUUUUCCUUAAUUCCUUUACCUUUAAUUCGUGGGCUAUAAUUUCAUGUUUUCAUUCUUUCAGGGCUACAUGAAUAAAGAAUCGCCAUUUCCGACUAAUAUGCUUAAGGGAUCUCUGAGAAAAGUAAGUAGGAUACCUCCGAGGCUGCGCCAGUAUGCAUUUACUUAUAAAUAUACAUGAAAUGUUACUCGAUUCUGAUUGGCUAAGAGGGGUUCAAUGACUGUGAACAAUGAUUCAGACACUUGUAUCAGGUUGUUGUGAGUAAGUUACUUAUUUCACAACGUUUCAUACCUCCAACUGACGUGAAUUUAAUUACUUCUGCGUAAUUAUUUUUCAUGUAUAUUUAUUAAUACACACUUCUCUCGUGUUGUCCCAACAUCCCCAUCGUGUAUUGUCACACCAUAAACACACGUUAAGUGAUAAAAUGGUUUCUCGUCCAAUUCGGAAAAACAAACUCUCGUGAGUUCUUCAAACUUCAAAGACUUCGCCCUUCCGAAAAACUCACUCGCGCAUAUAUUUUUCCAUAUUGCACUCUAAACCAUACACUGUACAUGAGGGGCACAUGGCAUCACUUGGGGUAAUAUUUCGCCGAAUCUCACGAGCGGAGAGUCUACAAAUGGAUAAAAAUCAAACAAAUUAUGCAUGGACGUUACUUAUAUGUUCACUUGUGUUUAUUACAGUUCCUGGGUAUCAAAUUCGCGCAACAAAACUACAAGCUUUUCCGACCAUUCCUGGACGCCUUCAUGGUUAUCCGAAAUGGUUCAACUACAGUGCCGAGCAAAGCACCCGAGCUACAAUUAUGGAAUGUAAAUACCUACGUUACCCAAAUUGUAUUGUGCCUUGUUACAAAGGUAAGAAAAAACAAAAACCUAAAAGAUCCGUUUAUAAAUUAGCUCAUUUCGUAUAGCGUAGUAUUGGUAGAUACUACCUUGAUAUUUAUCAAACAAAGUCACGGCGGCCAUACAGUGGCGUGCUGGGUACUAUUUUUCUGGAGGGGCCAGUGGGCUGUCAGCCAAUAGGCGCCCCUCUAAUGUUACACUUGAUAAACGAGGGCCGAAGGCACGAGCCGAGUGCCGCAGGUGCGAGGUUUGUCUAGGGGGGUCCGGGGGCAUGCCCCCCAGGAAAAUUUUUGAAUUUAGAGUCUCUGAAAUGCCAUUUCCUGGACUUUGGGGGAAGAUUUGACAGACAUCUGAUGGUCAGGAAACGGCAUUAUAACGUGUCGAAAUUUGCAAUUUGGUUAGAAUUUAGUAGUAGUACUUAAAUUAUGCAAUGCUAACUACUUCCAGCGAUUAAUCUAAUCCCAAUUCUGUUCUCUACUGAUCUACUGUUCUGAGUACAUUUACAACUUAAAGCUCUUUUAUACAAUAACACGCGCACCCCACGCAUAUGCAUUUUAAGGUUUCUUUGCCUGGCUGCCAAAAGGGCAUGUUUCAGCAUUAUUUCAUUACUUACAUUACUCAUGCUUCUUGUGCAAACAACUAAAUUGCGUACACAACUUUACAUCAGUUAUCAUAACUUCAACUAUCUAAUUUGCGCCGCUCUCGUGAUUCGUGAAGCAUAAUAAAGGGCAUAAUAUAAGGGCAUAAUACCAGCAAAAAGGGCAUAAUUCUCGCUCGUGAUCACUUCGAUCGAAACCUGACCAAUAUUCCGGUAAUGAGACAUUGCCUGUGAUCACUGAUCAUGUUUCUAUAUGAACGAUUUCGUGUGAGCUGUGAGGUAGCAAAUACGGUUAGGUUCGAUACGGCUUACAGGGAACCAGGAUUAGGAAACCAAGACAAGAAUUUCUGAAUGAACGAAGCCAUACGCGUAUUCUUAAAUCAUAGCCAGACUAUACUGUAAACCAAGAAUUGCGUAAAACGUUUGAGCAGCAGGUUCGACUCAUGCCAGAGGGCCUCUAGUUGCAUUUUUCGGAACUGAUUCUGGUUAGGUCUGAAUAGAUGUAUAAAAUUUGCAUAAAUCGAACCCCAUUGUGAAAGGCAUAUAUAUAUAUAUAUAUAUAUAUAUAUAUAUAUAUAUAUAUAUAUAUACUAACCAAAUUUUCAACAUUUGUAUAAAGAUGUGCCGAGUAUUUAACUGGUUAUACUUGUGCUUCUAUUUCAGGCUCCUUCUGUACAUAAACUCCUUCCCAUAAAAUAUGACGCCUUGUUGCAUAAACUGGAUGUCAAACAAUGUCUGGUAAGUCCAAAAUUCGAAUGAAACCAUGUAUAUAUAGCUAAGCAAUUUGUUAGUAGUUACUUUUGUUUUGAGCAGCAGUUAGUAGUUACUUUUGUUUUGAGCAGCAGUUAGUAGUUAUUUUUGUCUUGCAAAUAUUGACAACGUUAACGUUUGAUAAAUUUGCAUACACUGAAUUAAAUACAUAUUUUGCCUCACAAACAUGCAUUUUUAUCAGUGGCGUCGCUUAGCGGGAGGAGGGCGGGGGGCGUAGUUUUAGAUUCAUUCAAAUCUAUCAAAAAUGGGGGGGGGGGAGUUAUUAGAAAUUGAUGCAUGUGAGUACGUCUCUCAAGCCGGUAUUCUGAAAAUCAAUAUUUGACAGGUGUAAUGAUUCAGCAUCAGAUGUAGGAUGCAAGGUCGGAUUUUGGUGGAAAUAGUGGGCGAGGUGAAAGAAAAUUAGGGGAGGUGCAGCAGUCUAUAUCACGACCCCCAUUGAAAGUUUGGGCUUAGAACGGGCCAAAGUCAACGACGCGACGUGUCAGUAUUUAGUGUAUACCUAUGUAUCAGUGUAUGAAUUAUGACUGUACAACUCAUCCAAUUUUGCCCUUCAUUACAAUUACUACAAAGGUUCUUUCAAAACAUUGCCUCAAAAGGGUACUUGACACAGAUAUCACUGUUUCAAUUUUACAGAAAAACUUUCUUACGAAGUGUAGACUAUGAGCAACCAAAAAAAUGUAAAAUUUUCACUUUGAUAGUCACGGAAACUCUUCCAAGGGGAGGUGCACGACUUUUCAGGGGAGGUGCAAAAAUUCUAAGGGGAGGUGCAAAACGAUCUCAGGGGAGGUGCGCACCUCCUCUCAAAAUCCGACCAUGGUAAAGCCCGCCGCACACGAGAGCAACUUGCUGAGCUAACCGCCUCGCGAGGCGGUUAGCUCAGCAAGUAGCUCUCGUGUGCGGAUAGUUUUCGUGAGGAUUUGACCUCUCGAGGCCUUGAGGAAAAUAUCUAUCGUGUUUGAUAUUUUUCACCUCGCGAGGAAAAAAUCUCAGCGUCUGCGGAUAUUGUGAGCUAAGUGCUGAGCUGUUUGAAUCAAUUAGUCAAUGACAACCCAUAGUUUCUUCAUGUGACAUGGAACAAAAUGGAGGAAAAUGCAAAUAAUUUUGUUAAUUAUGUUGUUCUUGAGUAGUUUUCCCAACGUGUGCGGUGAAAAUACAUAGCUGAGCUAGCUGCCACUCGAGGCGGUUAGCUCAGCAAGUUGCUCUCGUGUGCGGCGGGCUUAAGAUGUAGCCUGCGGCUAAAUUAUGCAUGGUAACUAUAAUAUAUUAUACAAAUAAUAUAAUGGUAAGGUGAAAGCCUUAUUAGAUUUUCCAUUCCAGGAGGUGUCGAAUUUUCCUUGCUCAGACUGUUAAAAUGUCAUUUUUUUGGACCAAUGGCAGACACUUGGGGGAGGGGGGAUUUAGGUUGUCAACAUAUAGCCUACCGAUUGCUUUCACAGUUUCACGGAUAGCGAAGCGCACUCGAAAAUAUUUUCUGCAUGCAGUUAUUCAUCUAUCAUUCAAAGGCUUUUUUGAAAUUGUGGGGCGGGGGACAGCAGGUUCGAUGCCUGCCAGAGGGCCUAUAUAUAGAGGAUAUUACAUGGCGGCGCGAAGAUAUGCGGAUUAUUAUCUUCGAGUGGUGAAAACAAUAUUUUACGAACGAGCGCAGAGAGGGAGUAAAAUAUUGUUUUUAACACGAGAAGAUAAAAGUCAUAUCUUCAAGCCACCGUGUAAUGUUCUGUUUAUUAUACAGUCCCAAGCAAAAAAUUGCGAAAUUUCACGCCCAAAAAGCAAAUUGGAAAAAGUCACGUGAUCGAUAUCUUCACUAGUGAAGAUAUGGAAAAUAUUUCACUGUGUAUUUUUCGGUAUCUCUAUAUAUACUAUAUAAUAAAGUUGUAUAUUUCGCGAUUAUAUGGUCCUGGUUAGGUCUAAUAAAUGUAUACAAUUUACACUCCAAAUUUACAUCUACAAAACCCUUCAACAAUCAGGUCCAUCGAGUGAGAAGCCCCAAAUCCUAAAAUAUUUUAACUGCACAUUAUAGAUCAAUGCUGGAAUAAAGGCAACCACAAGAAGAGUUCAGAUAGUUCAAUACAGUGAAAUCUUCGAGGAGUUGCAUCAGGCUGUAAAGGGCAUGAGCAAUAUUGCCGCGUUGAUCAAUUUCUUAAAGUUGAAAUGA